UCUCGUGUCAACAGAAGCUAUUGCCGAAUAUAAUGCAAGCAAGCAUGAAAAUCGCCGUAGGAUUAUGUCUCUUGGCUGCUAUGUGUGCCAGCAGGGCGAUUGACGAUCCAGAGGACGAUUUGUUAGCAGAAAGAAUUCGAAUAAGAAAUGCGUUAGAAAUUGUGGAGAGUAUUACACAACGACUUGAACGUCUCAAAUCUGACACUAAAGAAGACACUAUUGACGAAGUCACUAGAAGACAAUGGGAAGAAAUGGAUAAUUUCCGAAAACACAGUAAUCUACUACGCAAUGAAAUGCGCCGAGAAGUGAACGCCGCUAAGAAGAAAGGCAUAGAUGCACAGCCGUGUUACGACACCAACUCUAAAGGCAUAGACGGCCAUCGCGAAGCAGCGACCAAAGAGUCUGAAAAAUGCAAAGAAACUGCUGAAAAAAAUAUCCAGAACAUCCUUGAUCCUCUCGAUAUUAUUAAAUUGACCGGAGAUUCACUGAUAAACGAUUUGGAGUCGCUCAUUAUGGAUUGUCAUGACAUAAACAGUGCCACAGAGAAGGCUUGCAUCAACGGAGAAUUGACGACAAUUAACCAUAAAAUAGAAGCCUACGAUAACGAUGUCAUUUCUGCCGAAGACAGGGCCUUCAUCGCAUCCAACAAUGUUAUUCGACAAGCCAACAAAUGCAUAAGCGACGUUUACGUGUUAGCGCGUUCAAACGGCGAAUCCAGUAUGGAUUCUAACUCCAAAUGCGUUAAGGAUGCUUUAGAAAGAAAAAGCAAGGAAGACAGAUCAGAACAAUUACUUUUGAUUUAAUUUGAAAUUAUUUUCGACAAAACAGACAAUUCGAAAAAAAGUCGUGCUUUUUUCAGAUUAAUAUCAGAUUAAGAUUACGCUUAUUCGUUAUACUUAUAUAACUAACACUGCUAACUAUACGCUGUCUCUAAACUAGAAUAUCAUAAGACAUUAAGAGUAAGAAUUGCGUCAUGUAUUUCGACGAAUAUUUUUUUCUCAUGCAAUACAGAGAAAUAAAAAUAAUUGAAACAUAA